CGGUGCGCGGAUUGGCCGGCGCGCGCGGGGGCCGCGUCAGCGCCCGCGAGCCCAUUCAUCUGUGCACUUGGGCGUUGGACCCCGCAUCUUAUUAGCAACCAGGGAGAUUUCUCCAUUUUCCUCUUGUCUACAUUGCGGCUACAAAUCUGGGAUUUUUUUAUUACUUCUUUUUUUUAAAAAACUACACUUGGGCUCCUUUUUUUGUGCUCGACUUUUCCUCCCUUUUUCCCUCCCUCCUGCGCUGCUGCUUUUUUAUCUCUUCGACUUAAAUUUUUUUAUCCGGAGUGUAUUUAAUCGGUUCUGUUCUGUCCUCUUCACCACCCCCACUCCCCCCUCCCUCCGGUGUGUGUGCUGCUGCCGCCGCCGCUGCUGCCGCCGCCGCUGCUACUGCCGCUCGCCCCGUCGUUACACCAACCGGAGGCUCUUUGUUCCCCCCUUGGAUCUGUUGAGUUUCUUUGUUGAAGAAGCCAGCAUGGGUGCCCAGUUCUCCAAGACCGCUGCGAAGGGAGAAGCCACCGCGGAGAGGCCCGGGGAGGCGGCUGUGGCCUCGUCGCCUUCCAAAGCGAACGGGCAGGAAAAUGGCCACGUGAAGGUAAACGGCGACGCUUCUCCCGCGGCCGCCGAGCCGGGCGCCAAGGAGGAGCUGCAGGCCAACGGCAGCGCCCCGGCCGCCGACAAGGAGGAGCCCGCGGGCGCCGGGAGCGGGGCGGCGUCGCCCGCCGCGGCCGAGAAGGAGGAGCCGGCCGCCGCCGCCGCCCCCGAGGCCGGGGCCAGCCCGGCGGAGAAGGAGGCUCCCGCCGAGGGCGAGGCCGCCGAGCCCGGCUCGCCCUCGGCCGCGGAGGGGGAGGCCGCGUCGGCCGCCUCCUCGACGUCUUCGCCCAAGGCGGAGGACGGGGCCACGCCCUCGCCCAGCAACGAGACCCCGAAAAAAAAAAAGAAGCGCUUUUCCUUCAAGAAGUCUUUCAAGCUGAGCGGCUUCUCCUUCAAGAAGAACAAGAAGGAAGCGGGAGAGGGCGGGGAGGCCGAGGGCGCAGCCGGCGCCUCCGCCGAAGGCGGCAAGGACGAGGCCUCCGGGAGCGCCGCUGCGGCCGCCGCAGAGGCGGGCGCGGCCUCCGGGGAGCAGGCGGCCGCGGCGCCGGGCGAGGAGGCCGCGGCGGGUGAGGAGGGGGCGGCGGGCGGCGACCCGCAGGAGGCCAAGCCCGAAGAGGCCGCCGUCGCGCCCGAGAAGCCAGCCGCCAGCGAGGAGGCCAAGCCCCCCGAGGAGCCCAGCAAGGCCGAGGAGAAGGCCGAGGAGGCCGGGGCCAGCGCCGCUGCCUGCGAGGCGCCCUCAGCCGCCGGGCCCGGUGCGCCCCCGGAGCAGGAGGCGGCGCCCGCGGAGGAGGCGGCGGCCGCGACAGCCUCGUCAGCCUGCGCAGCCCCGUCACAGGAGGCCCAGCCCGAGUGCAGUCCAGAAGCCCCCCCAGCGGAGGCGGCAGAGUAAAAGGGCCCGAGUUUUGAGAUAAUCGAAGAACUUUUCUCCCCCUCCCCCCCCCCCCGUUUGUUUGUUGGAGUGGUGCCAGGUACUGGUUUUGGAGAACUUGUCUACAACCAGGGAUUGAUUUUAAAGAUGUCUUUUUUUUAUUUUCCUUUUCUUUUUAAGCAACAAAUUUUGUUCCCCCACCCCCUCCUCCCCCCACAGAUCCCAUCUCAGAUCAUUCUGUUACCACCAUUCCAACAGGUCGAGGAGAGCUUAAACACCUUCCUCUGCCUUGUUUCUCUUUUGUUUUUAUUUUUUGCAUCAGUAUUAAUGUUUUUUGCAUACUUUGCAUCUUUAUUCAAAAAUGUAAACUUUCUUUGUCAAUCUAUGGACAUGCCCAUAUAUGAAGGAGAUGGGUGGGUCAAAAGGGAUAUCAGAUGAAGUGAUAGGGGCCACGAUGGGGAAGUUUAAGUGGUGCGUGACAUUGCCAAGAGUAACGUACCGCUAGAAAUAAAUGAUGGUGUAAAGGCUUAGUCUUUUUCUUUUUUUUUUAAAGAAAAGUUAUUACGAUGUAUUUUGUGAGGCAGGUUUACAACACUACAAGUCUUGACUAAGAAGGAAAGAGAAGAAAAAAAAAACACCAAUACCCAGAUUUUAAAAAAGAUCAUAGUCUUAGGAGUUCAUUUAAACCAUAGGAACUUUUCACUUAUCUCAUGUUAGCUGUACCAGUCAGUGAUUAAGUAGAACUACAAGUUGUAUAGGCUUUAUUGUUUAUUGCUGGUUUAUGACCUUAAUAAAGUGUAAUUAUGUAUUACCAGCAGGGUGUUUUUAACUGUGACUAUUGUAUAAAAACAAAUCUUGAUAUCCAGAAGCACAUGAAGUUUGCAACUUUCCACCCUGCCCAUUUUUGUAAAACUGCAGUCAUCUUGGACCUUUUAAACACAAAUUUUAAACUCAACCAAGCUGUGAUAAGUGGAAUGGUUACUGUUUAUACUGUGGUAUGUUUUUGAUUACAGCAGACAAUGCUUUCUUUUCCAGUCGUCUUUGAGAAUAAAGGAAAAAAAUCUUCAGAUGCAAUGGUUUUGUGUAGCAUCUUGUCUAUCAUGUUUUGUAAAUACUGGAGAAGCUUUGACCAAUUUGACUUAGAGAUGGAAUGUAACUUUGCUUACAAAAAUUGCUAUUAAACUCCUGCUUAAGGUGUUCUAAUUUUCUGUGAGCACACUAAAAGCGAAAAAUAAAUGUGAAUAAAAUGUA